GCGAUCACACUAGCGCAAUUCGCGGCGAACCUCACAUAAUCGCCGAAAAAUUUGACAGAUUUUUCCAUAAAACUGACACGACCUUGAAACUUCGCACGAAAAUCGGCUGUGAAAUGUCAAACUAAAGAAAAACACACAAAACAAUAAUUAUUAUGUUAAAAAAUCGCUGUAACAACUGCGGCCUUAACACGAAACUAAUACGUUGUGCAAUUUGAAGGUUAACCAAGAUGCAUACCCGUGGAAUAAUUUUUUGGUUAAUUUUGAGCUUUUAUCAAAGUGACGGUUUCAUUGCUGCACAGGAAGGUAACGCAGAUAGAAUGAGGCCCAGAGACAACUUAAAGAGUACUUAUUCGGCCAACGACUUACUUCUCAGCGACAGCUCCAUUCACACCUGCAGCAUCGAUGACUUCGCUUGCCUUACUAUGGCUGCCAACGACAGGAUGGGGCUAGAAGCGAUCAAAACCCUCCACCAGAAGCUGGAUGAUGAUGCGAAUGGUAACGUAGACCUGGCAGAGUCUGAUGACUUUUUAAGGGAGGAGCUCCAGUACGAUUCGGGCUACGAAAGAAGACAGAAAGCCUUCCAUCGCAACGAUGAUAUGCACAUCUCCGUAAAAGAGCUCUGGGAAGCCUGGACUAAGUCAGAAGUGCACAACUGGACCGUCGAGCAGACCACAGACUGGCUGAUCUCCUCUGUCGAUUUGCCCCAAUAUGUUCCUAGUUUUAUUACGCACAAAGUCACUGGAGCGAAUUUACCCAGAUUGGCUGCCAAUAAUAUCCACUAUUUGAAUCAUCUCGGAAUCAAAGAUCCUAUCCAUAAGCAGAAAAUCGUGCUAAAAGCCAUGGACGUAGUCCUCUUUGGCCCCCCAAAGGACGGCCAACCCCACUGGAAGGACUUCACCCUGAUUGUGCUGAUCAUAGGGGGCGGCAUAGGGGUAUGGUACGCCUUCCAGCAGAACAAGAAGUUCAAGACCCACCUGAACCGCAUGAACCGUGACAUGGACAGCCUACAGAACGCCGAGAAAGCGCUAGAGAACCUCGCGAAGGAGCUCGAGGAGGCGAAACAGGCGCAGGAGGACGUCAUCACCGAGAAGCAGAACCUCGAGAAGAGGCUGCAGGACUCAAAAACCGACUUGGACUCGCUGCCCAACUUGUACUCCGACUUGGAGGUGUCGCAGCUCAAGGCCGAAAUCGAGAUGCUGCGGACCGAACUCCAAAUCGCUGAAGGUGAACUGAAGGACAGGUGCUGGUCGCCGCCUCCGCUUCUCCAACAUUGGCUCCAGCUCACGCACGAAAUGGAGAACAAAGCGUACAUGAAGAAGAAGAUGGCUGCCGAGAAGCAGUUGCAGCAAGCGCGGGAAGCUUGCGAGAAACUGAGGAAGAAGAGGUCGAGUCUGGUGGGGGCGUUCGUCUCCACGCAUGGGAAGUCGAUCGACGAAGUGGAUAGAAGUAUAGUGGAGGCGCGGACGGCCUUGAACGAAGUCACUCAAGAGUUGCAAGAGCGCGUCCACAGAUGGAAACAAAUCGAGAUUUUGUGCGGGUUUAGCAUUAUUAACAACAACGGGUUGCAGUUUUUGGAGAGCACCCUAUACCGGAACUCCAAUGGGCGGGCGCUGCCAAUUAGAGGUCGGAUCAGCAGCCAAGAUGAUCUAGAUGACGACACCGGUUCGUUGUAUGGGAGUCAUCAAGAUGGCGCUAUAUGUACAGGAUACUCAGAGUCGGCAGCGCACCACUCGUGGAAAGAGGGCGACUCGUCGGGAAGCGAGACCAGCCGACAAGAAGACGACCAGCACUCGGAGAGCAAGCCCCAGUCGGCGGUCCAUUUCAUGGUGGGAGGAGAAAUCUCUAAUUGGCCGGAGGAAAAAAUCAGCAAACUGUCUUCCAAUCCCAGAAGUAUUAGCAAUAAUAAUAUAUCUAUGACGACGCGGACUUCGCCCAUGACGCGCUCUCUUUCGCAAGAUAUUAACGUGGGGGGCGUGGAGAGCGGCCGGCCGAAGUCCUCGCACUCCGACACGAGCCUGGACGUCCCUGCGAGGCCCAAGUCCUUGAGACACACGCCGAUCAAAGAGCUGCCGGCGCCCUCGAUGGAGGAGGACGUGUGCUCGACCGACUCCUCGUUGAUGGACGAAGACAUCAAGAAGAAAAAGAAAAAGCUGUUCGGGUUCGCGAAGAAGGGGAAGGGGAAGAGCGACUGAGUAGGCGGCGUUAUAGGAUGACUUUGUUUCUGAUGUUAUCCCAGACAUCCGAUAAUACAGGGAUAAUGUACCUCAUUGGAUUUUCUUCAUUUUGUAGCAUACUAAUAGGAGAUUUUCAAUAUGUCAUUUUUUAGUUUGGUGUAUUUUAUUCAUUGCUUUGUAGCGUGACGUAUUGAAAAUACGAUUUUUCCCAAGGAAAGUUGACUUGAAAGUGUACAGAUAUUAGUCUUCCAUUUAACCUGCAUUAUUUUGUAUAUUUUGGACAAAUCUUAGGAAUGUUUUUGUUCCUCUUUCCAGUUAAUUUAUUCCAUUGUACUUAGAGAUCGUGACUGAAACGUGUCCUAAAGCGCCUAAGUGUACUUCAAUUAUUGUGAUGAUAAUUGUACCUUUUGUUCUAUCAACCAUUGGAUUUUUACGACGUUAAAUUGUGAUAAAUUAGUGAACACGGAGAUUUUCAUUUUCGUAAACUUACUUAGAUAAAAUAAAGACAGGGGUUCUACUC